UAUUUUUAUUUCGCUUUGUUUUGUAAAUACAGCAAAUAAAAAUGGGCGAUCAAGAACCUAAAGUUGAGGAUACUGGCAUGGCUCAAUCGGAGGAACAGGAGACGGACAUGAUGAAUAUGUUUGCGAGUGUCUGGGUCAAAGUUGAAGUUGAGGAAGAAAAUAGUGAAUACGAUACUGUUCCAGAGAAGAAACGUCUACGCAGCAAGAGCAAACGAAAACAAAUUAAAAAACGUAAAAUUUCUAAAACACUAAAAUGCGAAGAGUGCGACUAUACAACAGUUUACAAGAACUGUCUUGAUUUACACAUGGCAGGUCACAAGGAUUCGAAACCGUUUACUUGCCAACUUUGCAAUUAUACGACUAAAUAUCCUACCUCUUUGCAGAGGCACAUCAUGAUCAAACAUCAGUCGAAGGAGGACGCUUUGUCAAACGAUGAUAAAAAGUCCCUACCAGUCCACAAAUGUGACCAAUGUGACUACACUUCAUACUUCAAAUGGAACUUAAACGCACACAAACGAAAACAUAAGCAAGAGAAACAGUUCAAAUGCCCGCACUGCGAUUAUGCAACAGCCUACAGACACAAUUACUUAAAGCACAGCAAAAUUCAUAACGAAGGUGUUUUCUACAAGUGCGAUAAGUGUCCAUUCGUGACGAAAUUCGAAGGGCACAUAACUAGACAUCUGGCUAAAAUACACAAUGAAAUAACAGAAAAAGCUAAUAAAUGCGAUUUCUGUGAUUUUUCAACCAUGGUCAGAUGGAGAUUGAAUAUACACAAGCAACGUAGCAAGCAGGAAGCCCCACUAAAAUGUGACUACUGUGACUUCGAGACUAUGUAUAUGUGCGAGAGUAAAUACCAUAAAGUGUCGCAUUACAACAAAAUAUAUGGUUCAGGAACUGUCCAUAAGGCGAACGACAAUAUACAUACACCAACGGAAAUCCAGGAACACGUACAAGAGAAAUCUGAUUAUGUAUCUAAGGAGCAUCUAGAGAAACAUGACAAUCAAUAUACGCUAGACCCGAAUUGCGUGGAUUGGAAUAGCAUCCAAGUUCUGGAAUCUGAAGAUAAAGAAAGGCCAUUUCUAUGCCAUAUGUGUAGUUACACGUCGAAGUUCAAAGCAGCUGUACAAAGGCACUUUCAGAGACACCACACUGGAACACAGAACCGUCCGUACAAAUGUGUUAACUGUGAUUUUUCGACGAAAACUAAAGAUCAAAUUGCGCUGCAUAAUAAAAGGAGUCAGUCAGACAAGUCACUAUACUGUAGCAUAUGCAGUUUUACGACAAACUUCAAAUGUCAGUUUGUUAUGCACCAAAAGUGCCACUACGCGUACAAAUGCACGAUAUGUUCCUACUCCUGUAGGCAUAAAUACGAAUUGCAGAAGCAUUUUACGACCCAGCAUUUGGGUAACGGUCUGAAAUGCAGUUACUGUGACUAUAAAGCGUCCAGAAAGGAAAGUCUACUGUGUCAUGAGACUAUCCAUACCGGAAAUAAGCCGUUUAAAUGUUCAUAUUGUUCUUAUACGUCUGUACGGAAAUCCUUACUUGAUAACCAUGUUAAGAGGUACCACAGUGAUAUAAAGAAAAAUGUGACGAUUGUUAGUGAGGCCAAAAUAGAGUCAUUAAGAGUGCCAAUACCAUCUUUGAUCGAUACAUUGGCGGAGAAUUGUGAUAAAAUGCCAGUUACAAAGUAGUUUUUAAGUUUCUGUGAAGAAGGUACGGUAAGAAAGUAUGGACUCUUCCACUGGGAAAUAAUUUUUUCUAAUUUGCAAUGACAAGGCGAUUAAAAUUUUAAUAGGCCUGAGUGAUACCAGGUCACUUAGUUAUGAUAUAAGAAUAAAGUUUACUUUAUUAAUAAAUACUAAAAAAUUAAAA